AUGGAAAAGGCAACCACUGAACAAAAUGAGAACUCAUGGUCAUAUCAACAUAUUGAACAGUGGACAAAAGAAGAAGUCAAGCAAUGGGCAAUUGAAGUGGUUAAGAUUGACCAAGAAUAUGCAGAAAUCCUGUUUAACCAAGCUGUGACUGGUUUUACUUUGAAGCAGAUGACUAAAACAGAUUUUUUGAAAAUGGGCAUACCUCAUGAACCUGCUCUUCAAAUCAUGUAUUUCCUGAAAGAGCAUGGCGUUAUAGAUAAAGGUUCAGAUCAGGCUGUGGAACAAGAAGACACUCAACAGAGUCUUGAUGGAGAAGGAAAAGAUGGGGGACUGGGAAAGGAAGAGUGCAAGAAGAAAUGUGAGUCAUUUAAUUCCAGCAUACUGCAGGAUUCUAAGACGGAACCCAUGGAAGACACAAAAACAGUUAAGUCAACUGGCAAAGAGAUUGUAACAGAGGAGCCACUGUCAAGCAGCCAGCACCCAACUGGAAAUAUGUCUAUGCCAUAUCCUUUUGAUAAUUUCAGUGAUUGUACUCGAUACAUAAGGUAUAAUAUUCUUAAUGCCCCUGAAACAGGGCCACGCAAUCUCAUGGAUCCGGUACAUGAAUACAAAUUACUUACCAACACUGAGAAUACACUAGAAGAUGAUAUAAUGAGGAAAUUUUGCAAUGAGACCUUUAGGUUUGCUGCAGCCUGCAUGAACUCCCGCACAAAUGGCACGAUCCAUUUUGGAGUAUGGGACAAUCCACAAGGAAAAAUUGAAGGAAUAGAAGUUACCAAUCAAGAUGCAUACAUUGAGCAUUUCAAUAAAGACUUGGGAAAGUACUUUGAUAAGCGCUUCGUCAGCAUUGCAAAAGCUUGCAUUAGAGAACCUAGAUUUGUGGAAGUAUUAUCACCAAAUGGAACUUCAUCACAUCGCUUUGUCAUUGAAGUAGAUGUGGUUCCCCAACACUGCAUCUGUGAUACAAAAUAUUUCAUUACCUUCACAUAUAAAUUUAAGAGUAAGACUUGGGAAAAGGCUGUCUUCAUCCGGGAUGGAGCUAGUUCCAGAAAUAUUUACAAUAUGGAAGAAUUUGCACAAUUUAAAGAUAAGUUAUCAUCUUUAGCAGAUCGUCGUAAAAGUGCAGAGGAAAGACAUAACUUAAAGCAAAAUAAACCAAUGAAUGAAGGACUAAAGCUAGUUAGUCUGCUCACAGGUAACAAGGACUCACUAGACAGCUCUUACUAUGACUACUACAUUUUGGUAGCAAACAAGUGCCACCCAAGCCAAACUUCAGACUUAGACUUUUUAUAUGAAAUAAAAUGGUUUGCUGUGCUUGACUUUGACUCUGAAUCAGAAAAGGAUGGUGUAUUGAAGACUUACAAAAAAAAUCGAAAUGCCAUACUUCGCUUCCCAGAUUAUUAUGAACACAUGGGGGGCUCGGUUUCUGAACAAGCUAGAAAGCUGAAACUGUAUCAGGAGACCAACUGGAUUUUCUGCAAUGGUGGAUCAGACUUCAAAGGCAAUAACAAACCACCAUUAAACUCCACUUUAUGGCAACAGGACAGAGCUAGUGAUGUCAGAAAAAUGAUUUCCUUUCUUUCACACAAAGAUAUAAAGCAGAAUGGAAAGUUUUUAAUAGUGUUUCUUUUGCUUUCCACAGUGGAAAAUUCAGCAGAUCCCCUUAUUGAAACUUUCAUGACAUACUACCAGGAAUUAAAGGGACUGGAAAACAUGGUCUGCAUUUGCAUUGGUGCAGGUACAUACCAGCAAUGGAAAGAUGUUCUGCUUGCUAGAGGCAUCAGUGAGGAAGCACUUUCAAAGAAAUGUGUUUCUAAUUUAACACUGCAAAUGGUAAAUGGUACCAUCAUAAAACUGGCAUCAGAUACACAGUCUUCUGAAAGACUCCUGCCAUCUGUAGGUUGUUCUAACAUUCUUCUAAAGAGGAAAGAUGACUCCAUGACAGCAUUGGAAAUACUUUGUGAAAAUGAAUGCAAAGACACAAGAAUAGAGAAGGAUGCAGUCAAAUUUCAAAAUUUCCUGAAAGUGCGGGAAGAACAGUUUUAUCGAGGUGGGAAAGUAUCGUGGUGGAAUUUCUACUUUUCUUCUGAAAAAUAUACUUCAGAUUUUAUCAAAAGGGACAGUUAUGAAAAGCUUGAAGGCCUAAUUGUAUCUUCAUCUAACAGUGCUGAUGAAUCACCUGUAAAAAUUAUCAACCUUUACCACCACCCAGGCUGUGGUGGGACAACAUUAGCUAUGCAUAUCCUCUGGGAUUUGCGGAAGAAAUUCAGAUGUGCUGUUCUGAAAAACAAACCAAGUGAUAUUGGAACACAGGUGACAACUUUACUCACCUAUGGUGCAAAUGACAACACAGGCUAUUUACCAGUGUUACUUCUUGUGGAUGAUUUUGAAGAGCAAGAAAAUGUCUAUGUUCUGCAGAAAGAAAUUCAGGCAGCUAUAAUAGAAAAAGGUCUUCGGUAUGCAAAUCCUGUAGUGAUCAUUCUAAACUGUAUGAGAUCUCAGAAUCCUGAUGAAAGUUCAACAAUCCAUAUCUUCAACAGUGUUUCUUUAAAACAUAUGCUUUCGGAAAAAGAGCAAAGGGCCUUUGAUCAGAAACUAAAACAUAUUGAAGAGGUGCAUUCAAAUCCUGCCAAUUUCUAUUCAUUUAUGAUUAUGAAGAAAAACUUCAAUACACAGUACAUAGAAAAAGUGGUAAAAAAUACCUUGCAUAACUUGGAUAUUGCCUCUAAACCAGCACAACUUGUUUGCUAUCUAGCACUGUUAAACUCAUAUGUAAGAACAUCUACAAUUUCAAUAUCACUAUGUGAAAAAUUCUUAGGAAUUAAUUUUCAAGAGAUAGGCUGCAGCAAAGAGAAAUUAAUAGAAAAGAUAGGAAUUUGUUCUAAUAUUCUAAUAUCUGAUCAGGUACAUGAAUACACAAGCUACAAAGGUCUUCGUAUCAUUCACCCCUUGAUAGCAUCUCAUUGCCUAAGAGAAUUGAAACUAACCUAUGACUUGCCUAAAAGUGCAAUUACACUAAAGUUAUUGAAAGAAGAUUUAUUUUAUAAGACUUCGUUAAAGCAAAACAAAUUUAUUCGUGAUGUACAAACCCUGCUGAUUACAAGACAGCGCAAGGAACAUGGGGACGAGUCAGACACGUCAUUUUCCCCCUUAAUUGAAAACAUUCACAAGGAAGACAAAGGUGUGAAACGUGUGUUAGAACAAGCAGCUGCUACAUUUGAGCAAAAUGGUUACAUUUGCCAAGCCUUAGCAAGAUACUGCAUUAGAGAAAGGAGAUUUGAUUUUGCACUUCAGUGGGCCAAAGAAGCAAAACAAAGAGAUCCACAUAAUUCAUACAUAUCAGAUACACUAGGUCAAGUCUUUAAAAGUCAGCUAAGAGCCUCGGUAGAGUCCAAAGAAAAGACUGAAGCCCUGACAGCUAAGAAACUGGAAUGUGUACUAGGGUUUGCUGAGAAAGCUUCACAGGCUUUCCAAGAAUCUCAGAGGCAAGCUAAAAUUGAAGCCAGUGAACAAUAUUCGCAGCACCAAAAGCCUAAAAGAAAGCUUCAAAUGUACAAUACUGCUGGUUAUCAGGGAGAAAUAGAAACUGGUCUUUAUGUUAUUGAUGUCCUUUGGCAUGUUCCUUUUUUCAGCAAAAAAGACUUACAGUCUAAAAAACUUAUGACAAAGUAUCUAUCAGGAAAUAGUGUUUUGAAUGUAGAGAAUCCCAACACAGACAGGGAAAUGUUUCAGGUUCUUACACAUUAUUCCAGUUUUUUAUGUAAUUUGCGAUCAAGGUUGAAAAGGGCAUUUGACUUUUUUGAAGACUACUUUGUGUUUUUCAAAACACAGAACAGAGAAAAAGAAAUUGUUGAAGAAAACUUGUACGGGAAACUUCAAGAACUUUUUACCAAAUACACCGAAAUAUUUUGUGAUUUCAGUUUUGAGCAACUGAAAAAUAAGCAGUUCUCAAAGAAGCCCAUUUCUCUGCGCAUAGAAGCAUACAGGGACACUGUGGAGGCUUCCAAAGCAGACUCCUUUUCUGGUAUUUUGGAAUACCUCCACAGAAAUCACAAAAAUGCUGGCAAAGAAAUAGAAGACAUAGUAGAAGUCUAUGCAAAUUUGUGUACAAAUGAUGUACAAGCAACUUGGAAAGAUAAACAAAAUUUGAUCUUGGCAAAUGUUGUUCUUAACUGCAUUAAACCUAAAUCCACUCAGUUACAGCGUCCUAAGAUGUUGAAGGAUCUGCUUAUAAGCAUUCUACAGGAAGUGGAGUCAACAUCACAGUGUGUAGAGCCUUUCUUCCUAGCCUCCUUGUUGUUCUGGCCCCAAAAUAUAAAACAACUAGAUGAUGGUUCCAGGAAAAUGGAAACUUUUGUUAAACGCUUGAGUGAGUCUUUCAAAGCGCUCUAUGGAGCUCUGCAUCAUUCUAGGCAGCCUCUGGCUCUUUUCUAUCUGGCAAAAGGCAGUGGUCUGAACAGAUUUGUUCACAAGGGAAAAAUAGAUCAGCUUUUUAGCUCACUUUCAGAACAGGAACUGGAUUACCUUUGGCAGAAUGGAAAUAUCUGGAAGGAACAGGCUGUCCAAGAUCUUUUGCUUCCCUUGGAUGGAAGAGCUGAGGGUAACAUUAUCUACAUAAACGAUGGCAGCAAUGAAAUGUUCCGGAUACCAGUGCAGCCUGUUCCUUCAUGCCUAUCGAAAAAUGGCCCAAACACAGAAAGAAAAAUUACCUUGGGCAUUGCAGGUCUCCAGGCAUACAACACACAAAGGCUGUCACUAGAAUGA